AUGUCUGUUGCGAUUCUUUUAGCAGAGGCAACUCUGCUGCCUAGCAUCGAUCUAUCGCUUUUCUCCAUUCUUAUAAAAUCAGUACGAACACAAGAGCAGCCUGUGCAGCAAAACAUGUCAAAUGAGCAUGCACAAUCUCAGGAUGCAUUGAAAUCUAGUUUUGGAACUCAUGGCGAACCCAAUGUCAACAAUGCAUUGAACAUGAAACGUGUUUUUAUGGAUGCAGAAGAAAGCCUGAGUAAGGUUGAUAGCUUCUCUAGGUGGAUGUCUACAGCAUUUGCAUCGGUGGAUGAUCUGCACAUGCAGUCUUCCCUUGGUAUUCCAUGA